UUAGCAUUUCCAGCUAAUUUUUGUUUCUUUGUGUUUUUCUUUCUGUACUUUAUUUGUGCAGGAAUUGAGGAUCAUAUUGAAGUUGAUUUCGAGAGCUUCCGCUAGAACACAUAGACUAAAGUGAUUGAGUAAUUUAUUUUAGUCUUAAUUUUAAAGAAUUGUAGUUGAACAAUUAAAUAUGGAAAAUUUUAAUUUGUUGGUGGUGGAUAGCCUGUGCACCCGGCUAUGUGAGAGCCGAGUGUGGCGGUAACGCCCCAGUUUCCCUUUGAAUUUUCCGCUGCAUAAUUUGAUAAAUCAUUAUUUAAAUGUAUUUUUGGGUGGGAAAUUUGGGGGUGUUACACCCCCACCCCCCUCUUGGUAUGACCCCACUCCAUGGGGUAAUUUUGGAGGAUCUAGCUCCGGGGGUGGAGGUUUUGAUGGCGGGGAUGACGGUGGCGAUACUCUCAUGGGCGAUGGGAGCUAUGGAGGCGGCUUGGGAGGCAGUUACUACGGCGGAGAAGGCAGUCACUAGGGACAGUGCUUCAACUAAGUGUGGGGGAGGAGAUUACUCAUGGAACUCAUUUUAUCUUUUGGGAGAAAGAGGAGAAGAAGAGAAAGAGGAGAAGAAGAGAAAAGGAGAAAAAGAGAAGAAGAGGCAAAAAGAUGGAGCAUAGAAGAUCAUAAAACCCAAGAAAAAAUGUUGUUUAUCAUUUUCUUAUUUCUUGGUGAUCUUAGUUCCUUUCUUUCUUGAACUCAUGGAAUGGUCUUAAACUCUUUUGAACAUUUGACUUUACUCGAGGACGAGUAAAGAACUAAGUGUGGGGGAGUUGAUACGUUUGUAAUUUCCGUGUGUUUAUUUACGUUUUUAGUUAGUUUUGGUUGUUUAAUAUUUCGGAAAUUACACACUUUCGGUGUAAUAGUUUAGUUUGUUAAAUUCUUGUAAUUUGUUUAGAUUAGGUUUAUUCUGAGCUUAAACAGGUCCAAGAUCAAUCAAAUGAUCAAAGGUGAAGGAAGGUGCAAG